ACACAGAGCUGCAAACUUCCAUCAACUACGAAAGGUUAUCCUCUACUUGGAACAACGUUUGAACCAAACCGUUGACAUGAAGUUUGGGUUGCUGGUGGUAUUGGCGGUGGCCGUUCUGGUGCCCAGCCUGUCCGAGGGCCGGAUCGUCUCCAGAUGCGAGCUGAGAGAAAAGCUCGGGCACGCGAUCACGCUGCCCCCACGUCUUAAAAAGUUCAAGCAACAAUACCUGGCAAUAGUUAUCUGUGAGGUGAACAGCCGGUCCCAUCUCAACACCGGCCUGGUCAAGGUGUUCGGCAAACGCAGAACUACAACCACAGCCACGCCAACGACUCCGGUCACAACACAACCAAAUACCACCCAAACAACUACCACCCAAUCAACAACUAGAAAACCGACAACCACCCAACCGACUACCACUGCUCCAACGACCACUCAACCAAUCCCAACAGGUGCCACAAAAGCAACCCUAGGCACAAACGGAACCAGAGCUUGCAUCCACAGAAGAAAGCGCGAGGCAAUCAGCGAGGAGUCUGACUCGGCAGAGAUGGACUCGGGGCUGGAGGAACUGCUGAACUGGCGCAACGAGACGGCAGAUGAAGACGAGUCUGAGGAAGACGAGGCUGAGGAAGCUGGGGAACGUAAGAAGCGAUCCAGUGAGGAGACCAAGCAGUCGUCUCUCGGCCUUUACGGGAUCUUCCAGCUGUCUGAUGAGACCUUCUGUAAUUCCGGUUAUCGCUCCUCCAAAAACAAGUGCAACACAUCCUGCAAUGCCUUCAUUGAUGACAAAAUUACGGACGACAUUAAUUGCUUUGUGAAGACUGAUCAGUGGAGGUAUAGUUUGUCUUCCGCCUCGAGCGAGUGCAAAUAUAACACCAAGCACUUCUUCGACAAAUGUUAAAAAGAAGCUGACACGUUCUCCACCUGCUACUGAAGCUCACACCAACAAUCAUUUCUUCUACCUUCAAUGUGACCUUUGACCCUCAUGGUUUCAUCUCAAACAUUGUGGAGCAUGUCACAGUUUUUCAUUUUAAUUAACCAGUGAGAUUUCUUUAAUAAAGUUAUUUUGUUUCA